AGAAGACAGCUGUGGAGUUUGGUAACCACAUGGAGAGCAGGUGGGCCGUGCUGGGGACCCUGCUGCAGGAGUAUGGGCUUCUGCAGCAGUGACUGGAGAACAUGGAGAACCUCUUGUGCAACAGGAACUUGUGGAUCCAGCAGCUUCCCCCUGGCAGCAAGGGCGACAUCCCCUUGGGAGCCCAGGGGUGGGGAACCUGAGGACCUGUGUCUGUAAGCAUAUAGGUGAACAAGUGUGACGCUGUGGUUUCAGGCGGCCCUGACCUUUGAUGACGUGGCUGUGUGUUUCUCUGAUCAGGAGUGGGGCAAGCUGGAAGACUAGCAGAAGGAGCUCUAUAAGUAUGUGAUGAGGGGCAACUAUGAGAUGCUCAUUUCCCUGGGUAGGGCUGCAAAGGAUCUUUCUCCAUAUGGGCCUUCCCCAAUCUGAAUGCAGAUUACAUCAUCUCCAAACCAGACAUACUUACCCAGAUAGAGAGGGGAGAAAAGCCUUGUCCUGCAGGCCCCUGGGGCCAGGAGAAUGGGAGUGAGGAGGAGACAGAAUGCUUAAGGAAACCAGACAUCGGUAAGUAUUGGUACAUCCCGAGACUGCUAGGGCAAAAUGCCUUCCUGGGUAGACUGGACCAUUUUGAAGCUGGAAAAGGGAGAGAAGACUUUUCCUUAGAACUGGAAGGAUUCUGCCUCUGUGUAGGAGGCACCAGUACAAAAGGGAGGGAUGCUUGUGAGGUCAGAGGUGGCAAACGGAGAUCAAGGAUCUAAGAGGCAUCUUCGGAGUAGGCUGGUGGUCAGUUAUGGUAAAGCACCUAUGAUGUGCCACCUGCAGUGGUGUCUAUUCCAUCUGCCAUCACUGUUGUUCAGCUGGCAGCAGCAGGAGACUACUGAUGCCUUUCUGCUUUUUUCUAGGAUGGGUCCUUGGGGACAAGGCUGGGACUGCUCCAUAGCCAGUGUUUGACAAUGGCUCCAAAGGGACUGUUAUUGACUCCUCUGGGGGCUGGGACGGCUCAGUGGUUUGGAGCACUCAUUGCACUGGCAGAGGACUCGUGUUCAGUUCCCAGCACCCACGUGGCAACUUAGAGCUGUCUGUAAUUCCAGUUUAGGCAGCCUGGUGCCCUCUUUUGGCCUCUGUGGGCAGGAGUCAUACAUGCAGUGUAUAUACAUACAUGCAAGCAAAACACUCAUACACACUCACACACAUACAUGUCUAUUUACCUCUUUUAUUUUUUGAUAUUUAAUUUAGGGUCUCACUAUUAGGUAGCUCUGGCUGUCCUGGGAUUCACUAUGUAGACCAGGCUGGCCUUGAACUCAUGGAGAUCUGCCUGUUUCUUUCUCCCAAGUGCUAGAAUUAGAGACUGGAGCCACCGUGUUUGUCAAUAAAAUAAAUAUAUCUUUAAAAAAAAUUAAACAUAACCCAAAGUAGAACAAGACAGUAACCACCAAAUCAUUAUCACAGCAGUGAGUUUUUGGCAAGCCUAAGGUAUAAGGUGAGACCUUGUGUCAAAAAGAGAAGAAAGAAAAAAAAAUCAGUAAUAGAAAUUUGCCACCCAUCUGUCUUCCUAGAUAACCACAAUAUCAUCACCCACCCACAGAAAAUCAUCGAACACCUGGUCCUUAUUCUCUAGUAACUUGGAUCUUAAUUUUAAUAACCUGAAGUCCCAUACUGCACUUGGUUUAUGUCUUUUAAAUCUAUAAAAACUCCAUCCAAGUCUGCCCACAUUUUCAACAGUUUUGUGCAAUUUAUAUACCCUGGAAUCCACCUAUUAAAAUAUAACCCUAACUCCUCAAUGUCUGUGGUGGAAGGAUUAUAAUCUAAAACAAUCAAACAAACAAAAAACAAAUAGGAAAGAACCAAGAGUACACAUUUAAAUGGGCUCUAUAGAAUAGGCUUGUAAUCCAAGCUAUUCUGGGGCACAGGAGACUCAUGGGUCAGAGCCUGCUUAGUCUUCAGAAUGAGUUCAAGGCUGGCCUCGGCAACCUAGUGAGACCUUGCAUCAAAAGUGAAAUUAGGGCUAGUGAGAUGGCUUAGCAGGGAAAACGGACAUGUGAGAGACACACACAAAUAGGCUUUAGACAAGAAUUGAGCUACAGGCAGUUGGCCUGGCCACUGUGUCUUUACAUUCUGUCUUUGGUUUGAUAUCCCAGAGAUAGUGUGGCCCCAGAGUCACUGGCCUCCUAUCUGAGAGACCUUAGUAUUGUGCUCAAUGACAUUGGUUUGUGUUUCUAGGCAUUUCUCUGAGUCCAGAGCAGGCCCCAAGUCCAGCUGGCCUUGCCCAGGAGGAACCAAAUCCAAGGCAGACACCUGAGCAGCAGCAAGAGGAGACAGGCAUGACGCCACCUGAGCCAGGCACUGGUGAGUGAGAAAGCUGGACAGCAGCGCCGGCAUUCUCAGCAUAAGAGGCAAGCCAAAUGUUGAACUAUGCUGGUAGGCUCUUGGGAGCUGGACCUUGAAGAGGUAGGUUUAGCCUUUUCAGUUCUCAGAUGUCUGAAUAGAUAACACUGAGGGGGCCUGCACAUACCCAUCUGCCUGGAGUAAUGGGAAGAGUGUGGAUGGGGCUCGCUGCAGCUUUUUACAGUGGCCAUGUUGACAGGGUGGUCUCUGUCUCACCUCCCAGUGUGGCGCUAGGUUGGCACGCUGCAGUUUCUCAGUAUUCUGUCUGAAAGCUUGUUGAGAACGCCGACGUUUGUCUUUCAUCCAGGAUUCUGUGUCUGCUUCUGUUUCCAUGUGGUUUCUGCAGGCCCUUUUCUGAGACCAACUCAGAGGACAUGAACGCCAUGCUAUGCACAGAACUGGGCUUACUGCAUUCCCUUAUUCUUCUCUUGCUGAUGGCCUCACUCCUAAUCCUAGUUGCUUUCCUUCUGGUGAUUUCUCUGCAUUCCCCCACAGCACAUGGCUUUUCCCUCACUGGCAAACUCACUGGAAACCCAGCCAGUAUAAGCUCACGCCGUAUGCAUGCAGUUUGUGAGAUGGGAGCUGGGGUAGGAGGGUAGUGUCCCCACCCAUUGCAAAGCUGGGACUCUUCCCAAACCUUUAUUAUUUUGAGGCUGAUGAAGGUGACAGAUGUGGAUGGGCAGGUUGUCAGCCUGGGCGUAUAUGAGAUUGGAGAGGUGGCCUUUAUAGCUAGCUCUAUUCUCAUCUCAGAAGCCCUACAGAUGGAGCCUGAGGAUCUCUUCUUCCUGCCAGACCCUUAAGCGUGCGUGUCUAGGGCCUGCUGAGGAAAUGGCCAUUAUGUUCUCUGAUACUUGUGUCAAGAAUGGCCCUCAUCAAUAGGACCCCCGUUGAAGGAAUCAGAGAAAGAACUGGAAGAGCUUGAAGGGGCUCGAGACCCCAUAUGUACAACAAUGCCAAGCAACCAGAGCUUCCAGGGACUAAGCCACUACCCAAAGACUAUACAUGGACUGACCCUGGAGUCUGACCUCAUAGGUAUUCCAGCAUGUUCCAGCACUUAGUCAAUUAAACAGGAGGGAGAAUCUGCAGAGGGAGGAGAGUUGCCACCCUCCCCUCCCACAGAUAGCCUGUCUGAGUCUACCUGGGCCAGGGGAGUCCAGCCCUGCAAGGGCCCAACCCUAAACAAGAAGACUGACCAAGAGCCUGCCAUGAUACCCUCUGGCUCACCUGGCAGGACCUGCACUAUCUUGGGGCCUUUCCCCUUGUGCCUGACCUGAAAUGGGUUCCUCAAUCUGGGAUGGCUUUGGAGAGUCUGUCUUUGUUUUCCUUUCAAAUGAGAAGAAGCAGCUCUUUUGUUCAUAGGUGAAAGCUGCUGAACACCUGGAGCACACACCUGCGGGCUGGGACGCCAAGCCUGCGAACGCUGUGCGGCUUGUGCUCCCAGCUAGCCAAUAGAGCUUGGUUUCUCUACCGCCAGGGGCGGAACCUCCAGGCCUAGCCAAUGGGGAGCCGUCUUGUGGAGGGUGGGGCCUGCAUUUCAGCCGCGGGAGCAGUGGAAGAGCAGCAAGGACGCAGCGGUCUCAAAACUGCCAACCGCGUCCAGGACGACCAUCCGGAUUCCGUACCGUGGGGCCAGGAAGGGCCGCCAGUAGGGAACACAGCGGCUACAACGAGACGAGGCAGAAUCGCGCGCAGCCAUGACUGAGGCAGCCGCUGCACCGGACUGGCAUAUGGGGCCUGACCUCCAACAACAGGCCCAGAUCCAGUGCACAGAGACCUCCCUUUUAGCUCUCCUAGCUGCUAUUCAGGCAGUGGAGAAGAAAACAGAGUCCCAGGGUAUCCACCUUCAAAAUUUGGAAGUGCGGACAGGAUCAGCCGAGAAGAAGCUGACUGACUUUGAGAAGACAGCUGUGGAGCUCAGCAGCCAGCUGGAGGGCAAGUGGGCCGUGCUGGGGACCCUGCUGCAGGAGUACGGGCUGCUGCAGCGACGGCUGGAGAACCUGGAGAACCAGAUGCAAAACCGGAACCCCUGGGUCCUGAGGCUUCCUCCCAGCAGCAAGGAUGAAGCCCCCAAGGUUUCUGUGAUUACUGAAGAGGUGACUGGGUGUUUCCCAGAGCAACAGGAAGGCAGCCCGGAAGACUGGCAAAAGGAGCUCUGUAAGCAUGUGGCAAAGGAAAGGCGUGAGGUGCUGGGCUCUCUAGAAACAGGCCAGCUGGAAUCUGCCCCGAGUGUUCUUCCCUGGAUCAAGCAAGAGGAAGAGGUGUGUGAGAAGAGCCUGCAAGAGACAACCAGUGCAUCCCUAUGCUCAGAAACAUGGCUGGCUAACAAGAAAAGGACCCUGGAGGGGAUGUCCCUGGCACCAGAGCCAUCCUGGGUGACUGAAGGGGGACCUGGCAAGGAGGAUUUCAGCGAGCAGGGUACCUGUGGUGAUCUGCUCCCUGUUUGCAGAGAGAGAGAGGCCUCCUCCCUCCCUCGAGGCUCUCAGAGUCAGUCAGUGUCCGCUGCUGAGGGCACUGAGAAUGGCCAGAACUUUAAUGUGCAGGAGCUCAGCAAGCAGCUCGAGUACUCACACCAUGGAUCGCAGCCCUUUGCCAGUCUCCAGUGUCCCCAAAGUGCUGCACAGCAGGUCACUCUCACUAGGAAUCGUCGUGCACCCGCAGCCCAGCGUGCCUACACCUGUGUCCAGUGUGGCAAGAGCUUCGUCCACCAGUCGACACUUACCACACACUACCGCACACACACUGGGGAAAAGCCUUACAAAUGUGCUGAGUGUGAGAAGCGGUUUGGCCGCCUGUCUACACUGCUGGAGCAUCAGCGUACCCACACUGGAGAGCGGCCCUUCCCCUGCGCACAGUGUGGCCGUCGUUUUGGGCGCCUGUCCACUCUGGUGGAACAUAGGCGCACACACACGGGUGAGAAGCCAUUUCCAUGUACCCAGUGUGACAAACGUUUCACACGCCUGGCCAACUUGACCGUGCACCAGAGUGUGCACUCAGGUGAGCAUGCUUUCCAGUGUACCCAGUGUGGCUCAUGCUUCACGCACAAGCCCAGUUUCCUGCGACAUCUGCGUAGCCACUCUCAAGAGAAACGCUUUACCUGUGGCCAGUGUGGCAAGAGCUUCACCUGCCGCUCCUGGCUGGUACGCCAUCAGAGCAGUCAUGCGCACUCAGCAUCCUCUGCUUAUGUGGCUUGUGAGAGGAGCUCACCAAGUUAUGUGCCACCUACAGGUCUCUUUAAAGGUUCAGCCAGGGGAAAGUUCUCCAGUGACCCUUCUGUCUCGCCCAGAUCCAAGGACACUAGAGUCAGUCAGGACCACAAGGCAUAUGGCGGAGGUCAGCAGCUCAGCGACCAUGAUCAGGAAAGUCUAGUGGGGUCUCUGCAUAGUUGUCUGUCUGUAAAGAUGGAGAAUGCGGGGUAGCACCCAGAGAGCUCUGUAACGAGGCCACUAGGACACAGGGCUUCUUCCCUGUGAUUCUAAGUUUCUCCUGGGUCAGAUGUAUGGUGCCUGCCAUCUUCUUGGCUUCCCAGGGCUUGGACUGCAGGUGCUAAGUGCCCCUGGGAUUCUUCCUACAGGGAAGCUUCAUGCACACAGCAAAUGUUGCAGAAACAAGCAGCUCGACAGUCCCCUGAGACCUUGGUGGCUCCCACCACCAUCUUAGCAAUUUAUGCAGCAACAAAAGACGUGUUAGGAAAGUCACAGUUUUGAGAGUUGCUCGGCCAGAAGCUGAACAACUCAAGCUAGUUUCCAGGAUUUCCCUAGGACAGAGCUGAGGCUGUGACUCAGUAGUGUUCAUUGAGCAUGCAUGGACGGAGCCACGGCUAGAUCCCCAGCGUCAAAUUAUCUGGCCAUGACGGUAUUUGCCUGUAGUUCUUGUAUUUUUGUAGAGGCAGGAGGAAUGGAAGUUCAAGGUUGUGUUUGGCUACGUGAAAACCCUGUUUCAAAAAAAUAUCCUUAGGAGUUCAAAGUCCGAGUUGUCAGAUAAGCAUCUCAUCAGUGGCCACAUAUAUAACAGCAUGUGUGUUUCCAAGGACUCCCACUGGAGGGGCUGGGACUGUUAGUGUCAUUGUCCACACUUGGGAGGAAUGUGGGAAAACAGGCCUGUGCUGCUGCUUGCAUCUGGGGCUGGGUUUUACUGAAGGUCUGAUUACCCUUAAUUUGUUGUUCUUUUGAGACAGGGUUUCUCUGUGUAGUGUCAGCUGACCUGGAACUUGCUCUGUAGGCUGCCCUUGAAUUCACAGAAAUCUACCUGUCUCUGCCUCCUGAGUGUUGGGAUUAAAGGUGUGUACCACUACCACCUGGCUCCAUAUUCACUUUAAAAACCUGUAAAAAUAAACGUGUUUAUGAAGAA